AUGCAUUCCGAUAGUGUUUAUAGGCUCGUUGACGAGCUUAUCGGUGCAAUCGCGAACCAGUGCCGCUUGGAAGUGGGCGUAAAAGUGACCAAAAAAUGCAAAUCGCUAGCAUUUGGAAUCCUGCUCGGCAAGCAGCCCGCCGCAAGUAUCGGAAUGUGCCAGGAACCGGCGCCGAAUAGUAGCACUUGGGAUCCGUUGGAAAUGCUAGAAUGCAAUCACUUUGAAAUACAAAUGACGGCCCGUUACCAGCAUCAAGUGGCGCAAUGUAAUCAAUUUGGCGAUUUGUUGGAUGAAAUCAGAAGCAAGGGAACCAAUCUGAUUGAUUCGGAUCGUGCGCUACUACUGUUUUUACUAUCGUUGAAAAACGCUGCAAAAGAUGAUUGCUACGAUGUCUAUGUGGAGACACCUUUUUUCGGUCACUACAAAAUGCCCGCCACACGCUUUGGCCCUUAUCCGGUCUUCCACGACGAGGACUUCCGAAUCGAUGAUCGUUUGAUAGCAUCAUGUUACGAUGCAAAAACCAAUCCAUAUCUAUUUCGUGCCACAAACAACAUAUUUACUUCCAUCAUUGCCGACAUGAUUGCCAACGAGUCAUCACGAAAGGAUCCCUUACCGGUAGACUGUUCCUACUUUAGCGAUGAAAUGGCCAACCUCGGGCACUACCAGGGCCCAUUUCGGUACAAUCUGCUGAAGGCAAUUCGUCGAUCCAACGACAAUUCUACAAAGUUGCUGGCCAAAUUUGAGUUUGUACAAAACUGUAAACCAGAGGAACCGGUAAAAAAGAAAGAAAAGAUGAUAUUCGGCUUGAACUGGGAGAAUCUCGGCCAACGUUACGUACCUGAGGAAAAGGCACUAGCUUCCGAAUGCCCGGGAGCGUUGCUGCGGCUGUAUGGGGUGGAUACAAAAGAGCGUCACAAUAUGACAAGAAUUGUUUCCAGAGAAGACUUUGUCCGUGAUGUUAAGUUUCUUAUCACCGGUGUUGGUUCCAGUCUGUUCCAUUUCGAUGACACCAAUCGAUUCCAAGCGCUGCCCAACAUUACAAUUGAAAACAUUCGCACUGAAUCGAUAAAAUCGUUGAUCGAUGAAGCGCUAGAAAUCGGUACAUGCUUCCGGCGUUUGCAUAUGAUGACGCGAAAGAACCCUUACACGCUGGAGAUGAUACUGGACGGGUUCGUGUUUAAAGCGUUCUGUGAAAGUGUCGAAAAUUUCCUCUGCUGCUACAGGGUCAUCGUGAACGGGUACACUGGUCACUCGCUGUUGCGGCUGUUACAAUUACUUACCCCCGCCAACGAGCAGCUACUCUCGAUGGCCAAACUGUGCGGUAUUCAUCCGAAAAAUGAAAGCGAUCGUGAGUUUCCCACCGGAUCGCUGUUGCUUGAUCAUUUGUACAGCGAGCUGAUCGAGGUUACACACCCGGGUGUGUACGUGUUUCUGCUCUGCACUCUCCGGCGCUGCUGCCUCGAGUACUUUGCCGUCUUUCAGCGGUGGCUGUUCGAAGGGCAACUGCACGAUCCGUCCGGGGAGCUGUUCGUAUACUAUGUGGACAAUUAUCGUACCAACACGAAGAACUUUUUCGACAAAGCGUAUCUCAUUCGAAGGCAGAGUGUGCCAGGAUUUCUGCGUGGCUACGAGGAGGAUAUUUUGCUUUGCGGAAAGUAUGUUAUGCUUCUGAAGGCGUUUCGACCAUUGCAUCCAAUUUUUACUCUCCGUCAACCGGAGCUGAACGUUUGCUUGUCCUUCGAAGACAUUUCGCAGCUGCAAAAACGAUGGCUGCAAUACGCGGCUAAGGCGAGAAAACUGUGCGGCCCGGCCGUGUCGGUUCGAGAGUUGUACGAAACCAGGCAGCGUGAAAGGGACGAGUUUUAUCGGUUGGUGGAGGCCAACUUCCGCAGCUUCAUGGACCAGUGGCGGGUAGAGCAGGAAACGGAAGCGCUCGAGCUGAAACGCCGCAAGCAGAAGCAGAUGGAGGAUCUGCUGGGUCAGUUGAAUGAGAUACGUGCGACCAAGCUGACGGCCAAGCGGCAGGAGCUGCAGGAGCAGUUGCAAUUGGAGCACGCAAGCUUGGAGGGGCAGAACAGGGAGUUGCUACAAGAAAACUAUGCGCUUACACAACGCGUCCGGAAGUAUACAGAGUUGAAUAGGUUGAUGGACGAUAAGCUGGAUGGGUUGAAAGUGGCUGCGGCGGCGAUGGCAUCGUCGGCGACGGAAGGCACCAUCAUUCCGGUGGUAACGAUUACCACAGAGACCUCUGGCGGCACUGAUGGAGGUGCUAGCGACGACGGACCUUUUCAGAGCUGUCGCGAAAGCAUCACCAGCGCGACCAGUGUUUCCAUCUACGAGGACGCACAAAAGUCACCGGCGCAAAGCGUCGGUUCUUCGCCUUAUGGGGCUGAUAGCAGCAGCAGCACCUACAGCACCAGCGCACGAUGUGAAACGGCCGAAGCAGACCUGUCCGGUGCGAGUGCGGAGGAUCUCAAUUGUACGAUCGUCGAGGGCCCGAUAGUGCCAUUGGAGACGACGUUACCCUCGGCACUGGAAAGUGAUCGACUCAACUCGAACGUACCACUGGAGGUGGCCGUUAGCGAGGGAGAACGCAAUCGCCAGAGGGUUUUGGGGUCAACGUUGGGUACGUAUUUGAAUGAAGACCACGUCAAUGCGAACGUGGAGGAAAAACGAAUCGUUGCGACUGCGAGCAGCGGAAUGCGUAAGCUUACCGAAGCACAACGUAAUAAGCUGAAAAUCCUCUCGCAUGAGUUCGAGAUCGCCGAUCCGCGAAUGAUCGAUGCCAACUGCAAUCUGCUCGAGGAACGGCGCAAAAACAGGGAUCGCAUUUUGAUCAGCGACUACACAAGCCGUGAGGACGACUCGGUUGUGCCCGGCAGUGGGGAACUGGGCAGCGGACAGGAAUUAACGGAACUGCAGCGUAACCGCCGGAAGAUUAUGAGUCAGGAGUACAAUCUACUCUCAGAUGAACCGGGAUUGGAGGUCGGCCAAAAUCGGGUGGAACUUAAGCAACGGCCGACGAUGUACUUGAAUCUCGAUUCAGAUCGCGCCAGAAAUCGACGGCGCAUUCUGGAGUCCGAGUACAACAUAGCGACGGGCACAGAAAACUUUCCCGGCACACCGAUGUCUGUUGGCAGCGAAACGGACGUCAGUCCGAUGGUUGCUUCAACGUCGGCCGACGAGUUGGAAAGUCCACUUCAUGUGGUGAACGCCGAUGUCAACGCAAAUCCGGUCACAGCAAAGAUUGCGCCGGGGCUGAAACUGGAUGUGACGCGCGCUGCAAUGGAAGCGGCCGAUCGAUUUACGGCAAACGAUAAACCGUUUGGAAUUCCCGGGACGGCGGUGCUUGAGCUGGAAACACCAGCCAGCGCACUGAAAGGAGCGUCGGGCGAUGUAACGGACGGUGGGUUUGAUUUUACAAGGGCCAAAUCAUUGGAGAGACGAUCGGGGUUGGACUAUUCUCGUGCGUUAGCGGCAGAAUCAACGGAUAAUGAAGAGGAUGAAAUCUAUCGGGAGUUUGUGGAGGCGAUGAAGAAGCAGUGUAGCAAUUUUUGUCGUUUAGCAAUCCCACCGGAGGAUGAUUGGACCGUUCCGGGCAGGCAGGCCAGCGAUGGGUUGCACAAGAAUGAACUCAGCAGUGUUGAUGUGCUGACGAUCACACGCUUCCUGCAGUAUUCGCUGGUAAUUCCUCUCAAGGCGCACAUGGAGAUUGUGAACAAUGAAAUUCUGAAGAUGUAUCUGUACGAUUUGAACAUUCUUGCUCACUUCGAGAGCCUCCGGAACUACUUCCUGCUGAUGGACGGUGAGUUUUCCGCACAUAUCUGCGACAGUUUGUUCUUCCAGCUCGAAAGUGUUCGCACACCGGAAGAGCUACUAAACUACCAGACACUCCAUUCGAUCCUCGACGGAGCACUGUACUCGAGCAACGCAGGAAAGGAUCGUAAUGCCGACCGGGUUUCGUUCAUCGUGCUCAAAAUACCGGAAAAAUUCGACUUUUACUCGCCGAACGUGUUCGGCAUGCUGGACCUGAGCUACCGCGUUGAGUGGCCACUGAAUCUUAUCCUCACACCGGAUACGAUUGAACAGUACACGAACGUUUUCAAGUAUCUGGUCAAGGUGCGUCGCGUUAGUUACGUGCUGGAGGACUCCUUUCAGCUACUGAAGGAAGCGAGCAAACGGCACGGAAAGCCAUUACUGCAUUCGCCGCAAUACGCACGAGUUCAGCUCGUCCGUCACAAGCUGUCGCAGCUGGUGAACGCACUGAAAAACUACAUCACCAGCAGCGUACUGCACGCAUCUUGGGAGACGUUCCGGGCGGACCUGCAGGAUGGCACGGAGACGAUGGACGAUCUCUACAGCAAGCACCGGGCGUACGUAAAGCGCAUCAUCUUUCUGUGUCUGCUGAACAAGCGGAGCAUAGAGUUUUACAGCAACAUCGAGCAGAUCUUUCGCGUCGUGUUGCACUUUUAUCGUCAUCUGCGCUCAAAGGAUUGGCGCCCGGGUUCGGCAAAGGGCGGCCAGAACGAUGUAACUGCCGGACCGCAGUACUAUGUACAUCCGCGCUACGAACAGAUCCUAGACGACGAGCGUGACUUCGAAAAGCUCAUCAGGUGCAUGAUCUUCCUUGGGAACAAGAUGUGCAAUCAUGGGCAUCAGAAGGAAAUUUCCGAGUUCUUGCAUGUCAUCAACAUUAACGGUUAUUAUGAUGAUCCGGCAGCAGCAUCGCACCAAACUUGUUAAGUCUAUACGUCAACUCGAGGGUGCGAACUGGUCGAUAGCUAAUUUGCAAAAAAAUGGUUCGUUUCUCAUUUUUGAAUGUCUGUUUCGUGAAAGCCUUGUAUGUUCUCUAUUUCUAUUCUACGAAAUGGAUUCAGAUCUGUUUCGCAUUCUCCUUCCUACAACAAUUACGAUAUCGGUAAGAAAAUGUUCCAUCAUAUUAUGUUUACUGUUGUUUUGUUGUUGUUCAAGUUGUCAUUUCUCAGUUUAGGAUAGUAAUACUCAUAUCAUCGCUACUACAAUUAGUGUAAGGCUCUGUUCAAAGGAGCUUUUUAACUUAACUAGCUUUACAAACAUGAAUAAAUAUAUUUAUACA